UCACUAACCCUACCCUAUAAUUUAGGUUAUGGUGGUUGUAACCUAGGGUAUGGCGAUUUGGAGUUCAAGCAAGCUAUCGUGGUCUCUUACCAAGCACCCUACGUUCGAUCUAUCGAGCGUUCUUUUUGGCAAAUUUCUUCUUCGUCUGUUCAAUAAACAGGGAAUUGGACGGUUUCAUUGCAAUUUCUCUUUUUUUGACGCUUGUUUCGCAGAGGAACGACGGAUUUUGCGCAUCAAAUGACGGUUUUAGAAGCUGUUGAGGAGAACCCUACCAGUUUUCUGUUCCCUGAUGAAAGUCAGGGAGCUUCCUUUCUAGACGAGUGUAUAAACGCUUUUUCGAGUGUCAGUGUUCCGAAAAAAUGUCCAAUUCAGCAGAUCCAUACCAAAGGUUGUGAUGCCUGGCAAAUUUACAACCAAUUAGCUCUUGCUACAAAGUAUGCUCUUGACGAGCUUCCUGAUGUCGACGUUAGUGACGAAGAACAGGGAUCUGAUUCUGUUACUGGCAGUGCAGCAGAAGUUAGUGACGUUGAAUACAACGAAGAUGAGGAAAUGUCAGUCGAUGGCGAAAAUUCUGAAGAGGAAGAAUUAGAUGGAGAAGAGCAAGAAGAUGAGGAAGACGAAGACGAAUUUCAAGGAUUUGACGAUGAGGCUGACAACGCUGAGGUAGACGUUGUUGAGAAACCAAAGAAAGAUGCAUUUGGACUAAAUGAUCAGUUCUUUGAUAUCGACGCCUUCAACAAACAGACUCUUGAAAUGGAGGAACAGGAUGAGUCACAGACUAUUGCCUUGAAUGACGACGAAGAUGAAGAGAAUGAAGAUGAGAUUGAUGUGUUCGGGGACGUUGACGAAGAAGAAGGACCUCAAGCCGACUCUAUCAUGUACGAGGACUUUUUUGGACCUCGUAAUCCUCGUGACCGUCGUCAGCAAGUGCAAGCGAAGAAAAGAGCUGCCCUGAAGAAAAAGAAACGGCCCGUCGCAGAAGAGCCGUCUGAUGACGAGGAGGUUGCGAACGUGGAGGAGGACGAGGAGGAAGAGGAUGCCGCUCAAACGUUUGAGCGUGUGCGUCAAGACUUGUUCGCCAGCGAUAGUGAGGAAGAGCAGGACGAUGGCACUGGAUUGUCUGCUUAUGAACGCCAAAAACUUGAGCUUACGAAACAAAUUCGUGCUCUCGAGGCCGAAAAUGUGGCCAAGAAAAACUGGACAUUGAUGGGUGAAGCUUCUUCCAAACAACGUCCUCAGAACUCUCUUCUGGAAACUGAAGUUGACUUUGAGCAAAAUGCAAAACCUGUUCCUGUGGUGACGGAAGAAUCUACGGACACAUUAGAGGAUUUAAUCAAAAGCCGCAUUCUGGACAAGAAUUUUGAUGACAUCCCUCGUCGUCUUGUUUCUGCGGUCCCCGAUUUCAAGCCUUCUCAGCUGUUUGAUCUCGACGAGAACAAGCCUCAGCGCUCUUUGGCUGAAGAGUACGAAGAGGAAUAUCUCAAAAAAUCAGACCCUACAACAUUUCAGUCCAAAGAAGACAAGAAAGUCGAAAAGGAACAUGAGGAGAUUAAGGGUCUGUUCAACAGUGUCGCUCAUAUUCUUGACAGCUUGUCCUCUUGGCACUAUGUACCUGCUCCCGCUGAAGCUAGUGUGGAGGUGGUCGCCAAUGCUCCAACUCUCUCUAUGGAAGACGUUCAGCCUGCUGCUGCUUCUGAAACUAUGGCUCUGGCACCUCAAGAAAUUUAUAAUGCUACUCAAGGUGAGCGUACGGACGAAACCGUUACACGUUCCGGUAUUGCUAUUUCUAAGGCUGAAAUGAAUCACCAAGAAAAACAGGCACGCCGCAGACGUGUUCGUCAAAAACAUGCUCAAAAGCGGAAAGAGAUGGCUGAGAUCCGUCGGAAUAAGACAAGUGAAAAGGUUGCCCGUACCUUGGAGAGCGGAAAUGUUCAAAUCAUUGGUUCAGAUGGACAACUCAAAAAGGUGGAAGGAAAGAAGAAAAGGAAAGAAAAGCCUGUUAUUUCUUCGUCUUCCCACUUACUUCUUUAAAGUAAUGAAUGGUUUACGGGCUCAUUGGGAAAAAAAUACACAGUAUAGACUUGUUAUGCUUGCUCAAGUUUGCGCUGUUGAAAUCUGGUGCGAGCAUACGUUGUUCUUCUUAAUAUUGAAGGUCAACAAUUUUGGCUUACAUUUUGUCUUCAUGUACCUAGGAAAAUAUAUGGUCUGGUUA